UGGAUAGUCGCCAUCAAAAACCUUUCUCUCUUUCUCGUAGUGUUCGUCCUGUAGCGUUGUCGUGUUGUAUCGUGUCGACGUAUCCAAAAUGGAAAGCACCGUGAACGAUAUUACGGCACAGGUGAAGGAAAAUUUGACGGAAUUUAAGGAUGCGAUAACCACGAAGGAGCCGUCGACACCGCAAGGAAUGGCAAUCGCAUACGGCAGCCUCAUUAUUAUGGCUAUUCUGCCGAUUUUCUUUGGUAGCUAUCGUGCAGUCAGGCACCAUAAGGAACAGCAGCAAUUGUAUAAAACAAGCGGUGAGCAACCUGAUACCAUGUCUCGCAGAGAAGCUGCCAUGUUUCCUCUCAUCUCUAGUGUUACAUUAGUUGGCUUGUAUAUAUUGUAUAAGGUAUUUGCAAAGGAGUAUGUCAAUUUGAUAUUGGCUGGAUAUUUCUUCUUUCUUGGUAUUCUAGCUUUGUGUCAUCUUACAAGCCCAUUGAUUUCGUCAUUGGUACCAGCUGCAAUUCCAAAGACACAAUAUCAUAUUUUAUUUACCAGAGGAAAGGAUGAUAAGGAGGAGCAUAUAAUUAACUACAAAUUCAAUUUACAUGAUAUUGUGUGUCUUGUAUGUUGCUCACUUGUGGGUGCCUGGUAUCUUCUAAAAAAGCAUUGGAUAGCCAAUAAUCUAUUUGGUAUAGCAUUUGCUAUUAAUGGAGUCGAACUGUUGCAUCUUAACAAUGUUGUAACUGGAUGCAUCUUACUUUGUGGUCUUCUAUUUUAUGAUGCCUUUUGGGUAUUUGGUACAGAUGUAAUGGUGACAGUCGCAAAAUCUUUCGAAGUACCCAUUAAAUUAGUAUUUCCGCAGGAUCUUUUAGAAAAGGGUCUAAGCGCUGGUAAUUUUGCCAUGUUAGGACUGGGUGAUAUUGUAUUACCCGGUAUCUUUAUCGCAUUGCUGUUGCGAUUUGACAACAGCUUGAGCAGAAAGACUAACAUCUACUUCUAUUCGACAUUUUUUGCGUACUUCAUGGGAUUACUUGCUACCAUGAUGAUUAUGCACUUAUUUAAUCACGCACAACCUGCUCUGCUGUAUUUAGUACCAGCGUGCAUAGGUACGCCACUACUUUUAGCAUUAGUCAAAGGAGACCUCAAGGCAUUAUUUUCAUACGAGGAUCAUCCUUCGCCACCUGCGGUGCCACAAUCGGAACAGACGCAAACGGAAGUGAAAAAAGAUAAAUAAUGGUCUGAUGUCAAAAGCGCAACGUGCAAUUUAUGACAUUAUCCAACUGUAAUUAUCUCUCAAGUUCAUCGUGCGUUUGAAGAAGGAAGAAAGAUAAAAGAAAACGGAUAGUAGUUCAUGCUCAAAACGUACAAUCACGUUGUAAAGUAUAAUAGCUAUAUCUUGUGUGCGUGCACAUGCAUCGCAAGAUAUAUGUUGAUACGAUUGAUUCACAGAUUGAGUUUCACAGAUUGAGUUUCGCAGAUUGUCGUUUCGAUCAGAAGAAGAGAAAUCCAAUGUAGGAUUUAGAACUGUGAUAACCAAGAGCGCCGUUUCAUUUGCAUGCAAAAAAAAUCUUUAUCACUCAUGUAUGGUAUCGAUAGGCGAUCCAUUUUGAGAUGUUGAACAUUAUUGUGUUUCGACGUUGAAUGAUAAUAUAGAAUUUCACUGUUUCAUUGCUCUUUAUGGUUGAGAGAGAUGGAGAAAGAAGAAUGGACUAAAAAAUACUUCCAAUUGUUGAUUUAUAUUUCGUACAUAUGUACGACGACUGUUAUACAAGUCUACCUGAGUUUUGCGAUAUGUUACGGUGCAUUCUAAAAAUUUAUUUGGGAUAAGUUUCAAUUCCACUUAAAUAUAAGUUUUUACUACUAUUCCAGAAUUUCUGAUAACUUUUUACCAUGUGUGAGUGAUAAUCAUGAAUUAUAAAUAAUGUAAAAAUGAUUUUGAUUUUUGCGACACAUUAAACGAAUUAAUAUAAAAUAUAAAAAGUUAUUUCUUUUCCAAAAUUAUUUAUGAUGAAAUAAAUAUAUACCAGUGUACUACACCAAUGCUAAUAUCUAUUAAUGACAUAAAUAUUAAUAAUUAAAACAGAUAGGAAUGUCUAUUCAUAAACAUGUAUAUAUAAACUGAAAAUUUGUAAACAUUGCACAAUUCUUUUCAAUCCGCAAAUGUAAAAGAAAAAUGUAACUCUGAUGAAUAAAAGGCAUAGUACUUCUCA